GUGAAAAGUCAAAACUCUUUGAGUCUUUGUUUUCUUUUCCUUUCUCAUCUUUCUCAUUCCCUUUCUUGAUAUAAAAAGAGAUUUAAAUAUUUUUUUUGUCAAAAACUUCAUUCGUAAGCGACGUUUGGUGAACCAUAUUAAAAUUUGGGGUUUGGUGCAGUUCAGUCAUUUUGAUUAUUCCUCUCACUUUUCUUUCUUUUGAAGCUUCGAUUUUUCUGUAUCAUCGAGAUCAGAAGAGUGAUUGUGUAUAGUUUUCGUUUCAUCAAGCUUCUUACUGCUAAUCACCAGAAAUGGCGACCAACGGAACGACGACGAAGCCACCACCGACGCCUUCUCCUCUGCGUAAUUCCAAGUUUUUUCAGUCGAAUAUGAGGAUCUUGGUAACAGGAGGAGCUGGAUUUAUUGGUUCACAUCUCGUUGAUAGAUUGAUGCAAAACGAAAAGAAUGAAGUAAUCGUCGCUGAUAAUUACUUCACAGGAUCAAAAGAUAAUCUCAAGAAAUGGAUUGGUCAUCCAAGAUUUGAGCUCAUUCGUCAUGAUGUGACUGAACCUCUGUUGGUCGAGGUUGAUCAUAUCUACCAUUUAGCAUGUCCUGCAUCUCCAAUUUUCUACAAACACAAUCCUGUUAAGACGAUGAAAACAAAUGUGAUUGGCACACUAAACAUGUUAGGACUAGCUAAGCGAGUUGGAGCAAGAAUUUUGCUUACUUCCACAUCUGAAGUGUAUGGUGAUCCUCUUGUUCACCCUCAAACCGAGAGCUAUUGGGGAAAUGUAAACCCGAUCGGUGUUAGAAGUUGUUACGAUGAAGGAAAACGUGUAGCAGAGACACUGAUGUUUGAUUACCAUAGGCAACAUGGCAUUGAAAUACGCAUAGCGAGGAUAUUCAACACGUAUGGUCCACGUAUGAAUAUUGACGACGGUCGUGUCGUGAGCAACUUCAUCGCUCAGGCUCUCAGGGGAGAAGCUUUAACUGUUCAGAAACCGGGAACACAAACACGCAGUUUUUGUUAUGUUUCGGACAUGGUGGACGGUCUAAUGCGUCUAAUGGAAGGAGACCAAACCGGACCAAUUAAUAUAGGCAAUCCGGGAGAAUUCACGAUGGUUGAGCUCGCUGAGACGGUUAAAGAGCUUAUUAAACCGGACGUGGAGAUAAGGAUGGUGGAGAACACACCAGAUGAUCCGAAGCAGAGGAAACCGGACAUAACCAAAGCUAAACAAGUUCUUGGUUGGGAACCAACGGUGAAGCUACGUGAAGGGCUUCCUCUUAUGGAAGAAGAUUUUCGUCUCAGGCUUGGAGUUGUCAAGAAGUGACAAUUUAUUUCCAAGAAAACCAAGAGAGAGGAAAGAAAAUGUUUUUGUUAAUUUCAUUGAAUUGUGUGUGUUUCUUUUAUCUUUUUCGCAUUUUGAGUUUUUUUUGUUUUUGCUAAAAGCAUUUUGAGUUUUGUUGGGAAUAAAGAUGUUCUAACGAGGAACAUUUUUAGAGAGUGAUGCUUACUACUUUUUUUUUUUUUUUUUUGGUGUUAUAAUGAGAAUGUGAUCAAUUAAAAAUGAGUCAUAUCAAUGGAGUUUUACUAAAUAGUAAUA